AUGCAUGUACACUACUACGUACAUAUAAAAUGUAAAUGCAUACAUGUAGUAAAUGCCCUACUCCUUAACAGUUUCCCGAACAAGUAUCUAUCCAGGUACAACUCAGAUUCUCUUGACUAUCAAUGGGAACCAUCACGGAUACAAUCCCGUGAUCUAACAACGCCACUGCCACUAACUAUCGAUAUUAAUUGGAAGCUCGCAACUAUCAAUGUAAAACCAAUGGGCAUGAUCCUCAAACUGUUUAUCAAAACAGGGAACGAUUUUUUAUAUCUUAACAUCUGUAAACCUCCCCUGAACCUAGAUUCAGCACCAUACUUUGCAGACAGGUUCCUGUCAAGUGGAGAGGACAGUAUCGACCAAAAGAUCUGUAUUGGGACCUGGUUGAUCUAUGCUGCCGAUCUAGAAGAACCCAAAACAGGAGGAGGACUCAGAUCUAAAUUCUACCCAGACGAUAUAUUUUUCAAGCGCAGCAGACGAGUUCCCCAUCAGUAUCUUGGCUUUGUGGAGGACAUGAUGUUGAUCCUCUUCUUGGUCUGUAUACUCAUCACCCUCGUCACAGUUCACAGGGCCAGUUGCUACAGGCAAUUUCAAGAUGCGCGUAGGAACACACCUCUCCGUCAUAUUCUACCAAUAGCAGAGGAUCAACCACCACCUUACUCAGAGCGAAUAGAUUCAGCUGACGGUCUAGUGGAGGUGGUUGAGGAUGAGAAUACAGGGAAACGACAAUCUGAAACCCCUCCUCCUACUUACGAGGAAGCACUCUACAGGAACUCUGUUCUAUUGCCUCGUGAAACCAGUUCUGUUGAAAUCAUACCAGAAGGACCAAUUACAAUAAUAGAUAAUUCUCUCCCCUCCUACAAUGAAACACGAAUACGGGUCUUUGAAAAUUCUAUUUCGAUUAUUCAAGAAGAGUCAAAUGUACUUGAUACCUGCUCCACCCAACCAAGCGACCAAAGUCCGCCAACGCUUACGGAGUGUACAGUCGACAGUACAGAAGAGAAGGAAGAAACCAGUUUGCUCCCACACGAGGGUUCAGGCAGUACAUCGGAAAGUAGUCUUUCCGGUCCGGUGUGUACAGUUGUACAUGAAGAACAGACUCAACAGAAUGAAGACGACAGGGCUUCGGUUUCAAUAAUCAUCGAGAAUAAACAUGAAAUAAUUUCUUCCUCGGCGGUUCAAGUUAUUGUUUAAUUUAAUUUAAUUUUUUUCCUUAUUACAAUUAAACCUUUUUCGAAUACAGUGAUACCAAUAAAACUUAGAUAAAGGAAUACGGAUGUUUUGAACAAACUUUUGAUUUAAACUAUGAACAUAAAGCACAACCAUUGUGCAGUGUAAACAGACCCCUUUCACUAACUAAGCUGAAUUUCUUUGUGUAAACAUAUUGCUUAAAUGUCGUCUUUCUAUUUCACAGUUUUAUGAGUCUCACUGUACAAACAAGACACAAUAAUUCAUCUCUGUAAGUAAAAAUAUAUCCCUUUUCCUUUAUUUUUAAAACCACUAGUUCUGGUAAUGACCUCCUAAUCUUUACAGAGUAAUUAUUUUGAAAAAGGAUUUUUUUGGUAUUUUUAGGAAUAAAUUUUUUUAAUUAAAUACUUCUCUUUGAAGCACUAACACAGAUUUUUACAAAGGUCAGAAAAAAUAUAAACACAUUUUUCAACUUAUCCAUAAAACAUAAUAUUUUUUGCAUUAUCAUGCAUCUCGAAGUUGUACACAACUUAUACAAAUAUUCCCUAAGCUAUUUCUCGUAAUGGCCAUGAAAAUGUUUAAGUCUGCAACAUGAAAAUGUUUAAGUCUGCAACAUGAAAAUGUUUAAGUCUGCAACAUGAAAAUGUUUAAUCUGCAACAUGAAAAGCAAGUUUUAAAGUUUAUCUUGGAUGUGUAAAAACAAACAAAAACCUGCUUCAAAUUUAAAGCAUUUAAGUUAAAACUGAAGCCAUACUUGUUAUUUAUCUUUUUUAUUAAAAAAACAUUUAACUUCAAACCAACAAAUCUUUUGUCUCAUUUCAUAAUUGUUGAAGUUUCACAAGUUUGAACUUUUAGACGGUUUUUCUCAAAACUAAGAACUUUCAUCAAUGAUUAACAAAAAUUUAAUAUAAUUCAAUUUACCUUUUUUAUCCUAAUAUUUCAAAGGAAACGUUUUUUGUGUUAAAAGAUGCAAGAUUUUAACACAAUUAAAUUUUUUUAAUUAUAAUUCUCAGAAGUUUGAUAAAAUGUUUAUGCAUUUUUAAGAAGUAUUUGUGACGAACUUUUAAUAUCAAAUCUAUUUAACAACUGUUUACAUGAAUCAUAUUGUUUUCUCUGGAUUAAAUCAUAAAUCAUUUCAUUAAAAGUUUUGGAUUUGCAAAAUUAUUUAGCUUGCUAAUAGUGUUUUAGGCAUAUUUUUGUCGAUAUCAAAUUCAUCCUUUAUAUGAUACGGGGUUUCUAGCUGAGCUUUAAGUGACUAAUUAGACGUAACUGAAUCCGAUUCACAAGAGUACCUUUUCCUCCUUUAUCAAUGAAGAGAAUAUGGUUCAUUUUCUCUACUGCAUGAUUCACUUUAAACUAAAUUAAUCUAGUUGAGCUUAAAGUGACUAAUUAGACGUAACUGAAUCCGAUUCACAAGAGUAUCUUUUCCUCCUUUAUCAAUGUAGAGAAUAUGGUUUAUUUUCUCUACUGCAUGAUUCACUUUAAACUAAAUUAAAAUCAAAAAUAGAGAAGUUGUGAGGCCCCAAAGUUGUACCAGUGAUGGCGCAUACAAAUAACGUUUUCCUUCUGUCUUUUUUUGCAGGGAUUAACCCGAAAAUUACUCUUGCAACCACAAUUAAAAACGAUAAUUUUUCAGUUUAAAAAGAUAUAAUAUCUCAUUUAUCGACCAGGAGAUAAAGGUUUGAAAAGGUACAUACAGUGGUAAACGAUUAUAUCUAUACAAUGAAGACGACUUUUUAUUUCAAGUUUUGAUUGUUAAUAAGCUUUUUUCAAAUUACAAGUUUACAAGUAAUCAACGAGACGCUUUUUCAAUCGACAGCUUCUCUUGACUUCUAUAUUUAUGUGUAUCCUUGCUGUUUAACAGCGUGAUAUAAAUCAAAAUUGAAAUUAAAAGUCGUCUUCAUUGUAUUGAUAAAAUCGCCUACCACAGUGUGUAAAUCGAACAUGUCAUUUUACAAGAGAAGGGUCACUUAAAAAUAAGUCUACAGUCCCUUUAAAGUUAAUAUUUUGCAGGCAAAACGUUCAAGCAGAAUUAUUUUCCACCUUGGCCAUUGUAGGAACAUGAUUGGUUCUCUUCUGAACUAAAACUUGUCUUAUAACAUAUAUAUAUUCUGCUAAAAAAAAAGUUUUCCUUAUAUUUGUAGAUUUAACAAUAUAUCAUGUUUAAAAAUCUAUUUUGAGAACAUAAAUCCAUCUUAAGUUAUCAUAUAUUAAACUAUUUUUUAAACAGGUUUCCUGAAUGUUAUUUUUGGAAAGUUGAUAAUAAUUAUUAUUAUCAUCAAUAUUAUUAUACAUCUCAUACAUUUGUUGUAAAGCUGUAAUGUUGAAAAUUGUAUCUGUUGCUUUUAAUUCUAGUGUGACUGAGAGACUGAGGAGUUACUGAGUUGCCAGUUUUCUCCUCAGAUUAUUAAAUAUUUGACUACCACAGAUAACAUAGAAAGCACAGAAGAUGUCGUAAAUAUGUUAACUCUAUGUUUUUUUUUGGAACAAGCUACAGAAUUUAAACGAGAACGUUUCUAGGGUUAUCUGUGUAAUCUGUGAUUACUAAAAACUCUUAAAUUUUCUCGAUCACAUUUUCUUUGUUUGUUUUUGGACCAAGAUGAGAAAUAUUGUCAAAACAGAAAUGCAUAAAAUAAAUAUAUUUUCUAUCAA